AUGACGGCCUCUGGCUCGCGGGAUAGCGCACAUAUCAGCGCCACUGGCAACCCCAACCACUCCUACGGCCACUAUACGCGCGGUUCUGCCGCCCCGGGGGGCAGUGGGUUCGGCGGCAGCGGGUCCGAGUUCCAGAUUGUCCGCCCGGAUGAGGCCGAGGUGGAACGCAUGUUCGCCGACCUAAUGGACAAGCGCGACUUCCUCAACGUCCCUGGCGGCAACCUCUCCGAUGAGCUCAAGGAGCAAGCACGUCGCAAUAUGCUCGACUUUAGCAUCGACAAGAAGUGGACGCUCGUGUACAAUGACAAGCUCACCGAGUGGCACGCAGACCGUGAGCGCGAGCUCAACCGCAGGCACAAGGUCGGCCUCAGAGGCGGUGGGGGAAUGCAGGGCCCCAUCAUCACGCGCAAUUCGCCUGAAUGGUUCAUUAAGCGCAUCAUGGACGGCACCGUGACCACCAAGCACAUUGAGUCGCUCGCUGUCACGCUUCGCACGUGCGCCAUCGGGUGGAUCCAGAGCUUCGUCGAGGCCAAGGGCACACCCGUCCUGGCGAGCUUUUUGGGCAGCCUGCACGCCAAGCAACACAAGGCGGAGAAUGACAUUGCGCUCGAGUACGAGGUGCUCAAGGCGUUCCGGUCACUGUUCAACAGCAAGCCGGGUGCCAAUGACGCGCUGGCGCAGCCCAAAUGCAUCUCGGGCAUCGCACACUCGGUCGUUUCUGCGCAUCUGGCGACGCGCAAACAGGCGGCCGACAUCCUCCUCUUCCUGUGCCACUGGGAGAAACCGACAGGACAUAGGUUGGUCCUGCGCGGCUUUGACGACCUCAAGACGUCGCAGGGCGACCACGGCCGCUUCGACGCCUGGUUUCGGGUGCUGGAGCAGACGAUUGACGGCCGUGGCAAGAUGGGGAGCCUCGUCGGCGCAUCGGAUGAGCUCAAGAAGAUCAGCCUCAUCGGGCCCCAGGCGCAGGAGUCAAGCUUGAACGAGUACGCCAUUAACAACAUGUUUCUGAUCAACGCCAUCCUCAACCACGACAUCGUGCACGAGUUCGAGGUGCGCGUGCACCUGCGCAACCAGAUGGACGCCAGUGGCCUGCAGCGCAUCCUCAUCAAGAUGCGCGCAUUCAAGAAUCCCGACCUGGACCUCCAGAUUCAGGUGUUCGAAAAGGGCGCAGAGGCGGACCACGAAGAUGUCGUCGAGAGCUUCAACAGGGACGUCCUCACCGACCUUGGCGAUCCUGUUGAUGUCUUCAAAGCAAUCGUCGAAAAAGUGCAGGGAAGCAGGGCGUAUGACUUCUUUCUGUCGGCCUUGCAGCACCUGUUGCUCAUCAGGCACGAGUCGGAAGGACUCGUGCACUAUUACCAGCUGAUCGACUCCCUUGUCACUGCUGUCGUCAUGGACCGCAAGGGCGCCGUCGAAGGGUCCGACCUGACCUCCCUGCUCGGUGUGUCGGUCAACCAGGUGCUGUCGCGCUUUGCGGACCAGGACAAGAUCGACGCGACUGACGCUGAGAUGCAGAGGCUACGCGCCAAGCUGCAAGAUAGCGAGCAAGAGCGGUCCAAGCUUGAGGCGCAGCUCAACCAGGGCACCGCAGGGCUCAUGGAGAACCUGGAAGGGCAGAUCAAAGCGCUAGAGGAUGAUCUCAAGAUUGCCCGUGAGAACAAAGAUGCAACGGAACAAGAGAUGGAGGACACAGAAAAGGCGUACAUCGACCGCAUCGUGCAGCUCGAGAUCCAGAUCCGCGAGUUGUAC